UGAAAUGGGGCAGAGAGCAUUACCUGAUGUCACAGCCUACUGGUAAUCUGGCUUGUCAUUCUGGCUGGGAUGGGAGGGGCAGACUGGCAAAGAAGCACUUCAUAAAAGACCGAGGAAGGGAACCUGAAAUGCUGCCGUGAAGCAGCCCUUCAGCUAAAGCCAGGCACUUGCCAAGCCACCUGGAAGUUACAAGGAAGAGCACCGUGAAGUGAAACAAAGGAGAGAUGAGGAGGAUGGCAAUUCAAAGGCUUUGGACAUUCAUUUUCAGUGCAAUUCUGGCGACUGCUCAUGGCCUCACUGUGGAAACACCUGCCAAGGAUAUAAAGGUGGCACGAGGGAACAACGUCACUCUCCAGUGUAAUUUCAAAACACAGGAAGAGAUCCACGAAGGAGACAUUGUUGUCUGGAAGAAAAUUACUAGUCCGAAUGAUAUUGUCAAUAGGUAUUUUGAUGGACUUGUACAGUAUGGCACGGGCUAUGAAAACCGUAUACAGUUUACUGGUGACGUAAGCAAAGGCAACAUCAGCAUCACCAUCACUGCAGUGACCAUGGAAGACAAUGGGACAUAUGCUUGCAGUGUUCGUCUAAGGAAUGACCCUCCCAGGCAGAGCGCAAUCUUGACUCUUCUGGUCCUUGUUGCACCCUCCAAGCCAGAAUGCAAGAUUCUGGGGACAGCAGAAUAUGGACAGACACUCAAUCUGACCUGCAUUUCUCAUGAGGGCUCCCCAAAGCCCAGAUAUACCUGGCAAAGCUUCAACGUUCAAAAUGAGCCCCGUGUACUACAAGCAACAGCAGGGGAGCAAAUAACCCUGAAGAACGUCUCGGCGGAUACCUCUGGCUUUUACAUCUGCACUGCAACAAACAUUGUGGGAACAGCCUUCUGCAACAUGACAGUCAGCGUCAUGCCACCAUCCAUGAACAUAGCUCUUUAUGCUGGCAUCGUCGGAGGAGUCGUCGCUGCACUUAUAGUUAUUGGGAUUAUAGCCUAUUGCUGCUGCUGUAGAGCGGGCAAGGAGGAGGCCUAUGAAAUGACGGAGCAAGAAGAUAGAAAAGAACCAGCCAAAGAUACACCUACGAACAAUCAGAGCCCAGAGGAUGCCACUGAGGAUGAAUGAAGUAGCAGAAGGCCAACACAAUCCCCAGGAUUUACUGAGGCACAGGCACUACUCUAGUAAAGAAAUAAAUCCCUCUUUUUUUACUGCAAGAAGGGAGGUUGUUUGGUUUGUUGUUUGGCUUUGGGUUUUUUAACAACAAAAGGAAAUCUAAUGGCUCUGCCUUCAAGUUCUUGGAAAGAACAUCCUUGUUUUGCUGCAAAGACUGGGCCUGAAAUGCAGUGAGGAUUAACACAUAACUUCCUAAUGGCAAAAAGAACAUGAAAUGCUGUUUUAGCCAGCCCCAGGAAU